GAAGUUCUUCACACACUUGAUCAAAUUACUUUGUGAACACUCCUUCACACACACACACACACACACACACACACAAACAUGUCAUCACCAAGGAAACACGUCGUCUUCGACAUCGUAGGCACCUGCAUGUCCUACGACGCCAUCCCCCGCGCCAUCGAAACCCGUCUCGGCCCCAAACUCGCAGAACACAACAUCAAGCCCGCCCUCCUCAGCUUCGCCUGGAUCGAGGCCGCCGAGCGCGAAUACACCUACCUCUCCAUCCAAGGUCGCUACCGCCGCUUCUACGACAUCUUCCGCAGCCUCUUCUACCGCAUGCUCUUCCAAGCCGGCGUCCCGGAACCGCGGAAACUCGCCACCGACGACGACGUAGCCUACAUCAUGGAUCGCUUCCUCGAGCUCGAGGCCCGGCCCGGCACAAAGGAGUGCUUCACUCUACUCCGCGAAGCCGGCUUCACAGUCUGGGCCUUUACGGCGGGCGACGCGAAGCGCGUGGGCGGGUACUUUGCCAAGGCGGGCAUCGACAUGCCCGCGGAGAACCUCAAGAGCUGCGACGCGGACGGCAUCGGCAAGCCGGACCCCAGGGCGUACAAGCCUGUGCUGGAGAGCUUUGGCGGGGAGGAGGCGUGGUUCGCGGCGGCGCACAUGUGGGAUGCGUCGGCGGCCAAGGGGUGCGGGUUCAAGGGGGCGUGGUGCGCCGUGUAUGAGGGGGAGCCGUGUACGGAUUUGUUUGGGGAGAUGGAUGUCAUGGCGACCGAGUUGCCGGAGAUGGCGCGGAAGAUUAUAGCCGCGUCGGAGGGGGCGGCCGCGGCGUAAACGGCGUGAUGGGAGGCUGGAUCCUUACCCGUUUGAUGGGGAAAGGUUACGGGGUGUUUAAGGUAGUCCUCGGUCUCGCACUCUAAUCGACAAAUCCCCGUAAUAAUGAAUAAAAUGACCAAUCUUCAUGCAUUGUUUUCUGCUCUGAAGAAGAUAUCGUUCUCGGAUUGUUGGUUGAAGCUGAUUCGUUG